AUUUCGUUGUUACUGUCAUCUCACACACUUGGUUCCUACUUUCCUCAUCUUUUUAUGUACAUAAACCAGAACUGGGUAUCUCUCCAUUGACUGGACUGCCUUCCCAAAUCAUAACUUCUGGUAACGAUCUUUGUCGGUUAGUUCAUCCUUCAUCUUUUAUGAUCUCUUUUCUUAAUCCACUUUUUAUGAUCUUCCUUCAUCACUAUUCAAUUUGGGAUGAAUCAUCUAUGCUGAAAGGGCUUUCUGAAUAGGCUAGACAUGUGUUUGAAUGAUCGAAUAUCAGAUCUCCCCAUAGAUGUGAGGAAGCACAUUCUCUCGUUCUUGACUACCCGAGAUGCAAUUCUUACAAGUGCCUUGUCCAGGACUUGGCGGUAUGAUUGGCUCAGUCUCUCAUCCUUCGAUUUGGGGCGAGAUUUUUUCUUAAAGCGAUGGAAAUUCGAGAAUUUCCCAAGUUACAGACUCGCCUCCCAAAAUCUUCCUGAUCUUGAACAGGCACUGGCAUUCCUCGAGUAUUUCGAUAGAGCUAUAGUAAGCCGAGGACUGUCAAUUCAAAAGCUACGGCUCUAUCUUCCUCCGAUACAUGACUUGAGUUCACGAAUUGCAUCAUGUUUGGAACAACUGAUUGUUAAUGAGCUCGAAAUUGAGGUCAUAGGCGAAUCAGAAAUAUCAAAUCGUAGUCGCUUUCACUAUUUACCAAUGUGUAUCUUAUCGAGCAAAAGCAUGACUAAGUUAUAUAUACAUGGAUGCAAUCUAACUGGUAUAUCGGUAAGUGAAAUAGAUCUCCCUGCAUUGCUCGAACUUUCUGUGUGUCAUGUUAUAAUGGACCAACAAGUGGUUGAGAGCCUCAUUGCUAGUUGUUCUGGUGUCGAGAAGUUGAGCUUUAAUUAUUGUCAAGGCUUUCGAUCACUUCAAAUUUCGGGGCUUCCUCAAUUGAAUUAUUUGGAACAAAAGUGUAAUCGGCACUUGGAAGUGUUUGAGAUCAACGCAGAAAAUCUCCGCUCUCUUUGCCAUUUUCCUGAUACUCGUUGUCAGCUGGCAUUGUCCGACUCAUGCCAGAGCUUAACUCAAUUGGAGUUGAUUGAAUGUAGACUUUAUGAUGAAUUUGACAUCCGUAUAUGUCGAAACUUAACAAUUCUAAAAUUGUUAAGAUGUGGCAUAACGAAUGAGUUCUUAGAUCAGCAUUUCUCCCAACUUUCCUGCCUAGAAGUUUUGGAGAUUGCCUAUUGCACUGGAUCAAGAUCUCUGAAGAUUACAUCGAACCAUCUUCGAAGUUUAACUAUUCGGUGCGACAGAGAGUUGGACCAUGCUGAGAUCAAUUGUCCGAAUCUGGACGACUUCAGUUUUUGCACCAACAGAUGCAUAAUCUCGCUCUCCACGGAAAGCAUACUAGCUCCGACUUAUGUUCGCCUACAAUUAUUCAUUAAUGGCACAAGCGAUAGUUUAUGGGAUGUCAAGCUUGUUAAAUUUCUCGAGCAACUAAGGCUGUCUAAAUACUUAACUAUUGAGACCGAAAUCAUUGAGAAUGUGAUAAUCCCAAGCACGUUGAGGCAGACAUACACCUCACCGAUGUGUCAAUUUGAGCAGUUAAAGUUGUUUCCUCGAGGAUGUGUGAGCAGUCUCGAUGCUACUCGAACCAUUGAUGCCUUACUUUGGUUAUGUCCGCAGCUUAAGACUCUUUACAUCAUGGAUGGAAGACUCAGUCCACUCCUCUUCCUUCGGCCUUUAAAGCAGAGCUUACCACAAGAUUAUUCAAAUUGCUGCUCAAGUUGAAUUACAAGGAGCAAACUGAUUUACCUCAGACAAGCUGUGGAUGCUACCCUUCGCUUCCUGUAAAUUGCUGGCGCCAUUCGUUAAAGAAUUUUGAAAUUAUAGAACAAGAAGGUUUUGAAGACAAUGAUGGAAGCCUGAGAAGAUUUAUUGAAAGUGCCACUAAUGGAAUGUGAAUAUGUGAUUAUAUUGAUGGUGUGAUGCCUCUUUCCCUCUUGAACUAAGUACUGAAUAUACUGUCUUAUCUACUUUAACUGUUUUGGAGAGUUCAAAACAGGGGUUGCCGAUGUGGCAAUAGAUUGCACUGUUUUAUUUCGAGGUGUGCAUUUGAAUAUUUGGUUUUCUAGAUGAGGUUUAAAUAUGUCUGGUCUAAGUCGAUCUGUAUGAUGUUGGUGUUGUACUGCAACUGAACAAUCCAUCUUAAGGAGAAUUGUAAAUUUGUAAUGCAAUAGUCCGCAGGUGCUCAUUCGAAUCAUCGGUCCAUUUCAGCUCACA